AUGGGUCUGAGUCGAAAAGAAUGGUUGAUUCUCGGGGCAAGUUGUGCCACUAGUGCUGUUGUAUUGCACUACACAGCAAAAUUUGUGCGACAGUACAUCAAAGACCGCAAACAUCCAUAUGUGACUGUGGGACAAGUGUCCGAACUUUACAUUUAUCCGUUGGAGUCAUGCCGUGGUCGGCAGGUAAAUUCCAUGAUUUGUGAAGAGUAUGGAGGGAAGCACGAAGAAUUGGAGGAGCGUCAUUUUGUAAUGGUGGAUAUGCGUACAAAGGCAAUGAUUACCGCAUUAACGCAUCCACGAUUGGUCCUUGUUGACUGUGACGUAACCGAUGGAGUGCUUACGCUAACUACACCCGAGAGUACUCCAAUUCGUGUCAACAUUCACAAAGUUGUUAAGGAGAACAAAAUUAUAACGUACAAUUUGUGUGAGAAUGUGAAACGAUCAGGUUUGGACUGCGGCACAGCAGCAGCGGAAUGGUGCACUCGGACGCUGCAGAUUGUCGCACCAGUCAAGCUUCUUUACUGUGUCGACGGAUUGGCUGCACAGCCGAGUAUCCUGGGAAAGUGCUUGAAUGCAUGGAGCCAAUAUCAGAAUCAGUGCGUACGGUUAACACCGUACAUUUCAAUAAACCAGGAAUCUCUAAACAAUCUGAACAGUCAUUCUGAAUCUGAUGGUGUACCGGCAACAACCAGACAUUUCCGGCCAAGUAUUGUCAUCGAUGAGUGUGAGCCAUACGACGAAGAUAAGUGGAUGGAAAUCAGGAUCGGCAAUUGUGAAUUCGACUGCUUCGAGCCAUGCGCCAGGUUACUUUUCACGCUGGAGACAACAAUUAUUAUGCGACAUAUAACACUGUAA